AUGUGUCUGGCGAGAGGACGAGUUGGAAAAUGUGAUAUUUUUGAAUCUAGUAUAAAAGGCCAGUUACUUUGUGUUUGUGUGUCCUCAGUUCUGUGUGAAGGUUUCGAGUCUCCAAGAGCUCUGAUGUCCUGUGGUCACGCUGUGACCCCGAUGUCUCUCACUAAGUGGUGUCGCAGGUUGUUGGACGAGGGUAAAAGCAGAUUUGUGUGUGGCCAGAUGAAUUGUGAGGUGGAGUGGUCUUAUGAGGAAGUUUGUAAAAUGGCUCUUCUGACCCCUGAAGAAAAGAAGUACUUUGAAAAAACCAUGGCCUCCAAUUCUCUCAGGAAUUACUUUGAUACCAAAAAAUGUCCUGGCUGCAAGUCUUCUGUUGUGAGAAAGAAUGAAAAUAACCUGAAUGUCUGCUGCAAAGUGUGCGAAGCAAACAAGGGAAAGACUUAUGAAUUCUGCUGGCAAUGUCUGAAGGAAUGGAAACGUCCACGACCACGGUCAGACCGCUGUGACAAUGAUGGCUGCGCCAACGAGGCUUUAAAAAUAUUAAAGAACUGUCCAGUUAUGGUCUUUGAGUCUGUGAAAGGAGUCAAUGAUUGUCCCUCUAUCCGUGCCUGUCCAACUUGUGGCACAUUAGUGGAACACAGCACAAAAAAAUUGAGCCCAAAUGUGAGACCAGCGAAAACCGGCAAAAUCUCGCUCUUUUCUGUGUCUCGGCUCCGCGCGCUUCCGUCGUCAUUGAUGACCACUUUGGGUUGCCACGGCAACCCCUGA